CGGCCAGAUGAAAUCAGCGGCGCAGAAUACAGGCGCAGCGAAGCAGUACCCCGUUAAACGCCGUCUAAACUCGAACAACGGACUGUUAACAGUGGGGCCCUCACCUGAGCGGGCAAAAUUGUUCCUCCUCCUCCUCCUCCUCGUCUGAUCUCUCCCAAAAUCUCGACCGGAUCGCUGUUCUCUCUCGCGGUCUCGAGCUCUAGGGCUCGAAUCGAUACUCACCGAUCCAAGGUGAUAUUGUCAAAAGCGAGGACUUGGAUUGAUACUUGAAUUUGAGAGCAUGAAUUACCUUAUUGGAGCAUUCAAGUACCCAUGUAAUGUUACUGUAAAAUUUGCUGACGGGAAAACUCGAAAUGAGGCUUCUAUAAAAAAGGAAAAUGGCCAGACUGUGAUGGUCCCUCUUUUUGAAAAUCAUGAAACCAUAGCUGGGGAGGUAUCCAUAGAUCCACUUCAUGGUAAAAAGGUGGAGCACGUUGGUGUGAAAAUUGAGCUUCUUGGUCAGAUAGAGCUGUACUUUGACCGAGGACGCUUUUAUGAUUUCACCUCCUUAGUUCGUGAGCUGGAUGUUCCUGGUGAAAUAUAUGAAAAGAAAUCGUAUCCAUUUGAGUUCUCGACUGUUGAAAUGCCAUAUGAAUCAUACAAUGGGGUUAAUGUGAGAUUGAGGUAUAUUCUGAGAGUGACAAUCUCCCGCAACUAUGUACCGAACAUUGUGGUGCAGCAGGAUUUCUGGGUUCGCAACUAUACUCCGGUUCCAUCAAUUAACAACAGCAUUAAGAUGGAGGUCGGAAUUGAAGAUUGCUUGCAUAUUGAGUUUGAAUACAACAAAAGCAAGUAUCAUCUGAAGGAUGUUAUCAUUGGCAAGAUAUAUUUUCUUUUAGUAAGAAUCAAAAUUAAAAAUAUGGAGCUCGAGAUUAGACGUCGAGAGUCAACAGGAUCAGGGCCCAAUACAUAUGUUGAGACUGAGACGCUUGCUAAAUUUGAGUUGAUGGAUGGUGCUCCUGUUAGAGGAGAGUCUAUACCUAUCAGACUAUUUCUAAGCCCAUACGAGCUGACACCAACUUAUUGCAAUAUCAACAACAAAUACAGUGUAAAAUACUACCUCAAUCUUGUUCUUGUUGAUGAAGAAGACCGAAGGUAUUUCAAGCAGCAAGAAAUCACCAUCUAUCGUCUUCAAGAAGCUUGAGGACAACAAGCUUGAGUUCCUUGAAAAGAAGCUAUUUUGUUCAAAAAUUUCUGAUUUGCUUCUUACAUUAAAAAAUGUUGAUUUUGUUAAUUUAGGAAAACUUGAGCCUUUUUUUUCCUUGAAGAAGACUGCAUCUUCUGUGUUUCUGUACAUAUUGGAAAAUUGCUUGACCUCAUCUCGUUUUGCACUGUCUUUAUCAUGGAGACUGGGUUGUUUAUGAAUUGAGAGUUUAAAUAUUGACAUCCUCUUAC